UCGACGAGAUAGAGACGACGCCCUUCUACAUACACCCCAACCUUUCUUUCUCAUUGGAGCCUUUUCUUUUCUUUUCUUUUUCGUUCAGUACAGUAAGAAGAAAUCCGUCUUUGGAAGCUUUCUUUCUUUGUUUCUCUCGUCCGUUGCCAGGAACCCCAGUUUGCCGUCUCCAACAUAGUAAUCAUGUCAAAAGUCUUCACCCCGGGUGCCCCGUCACUCGAAAACGACGACUCGAUGAUCUCGCGCAAGUUCGGCCGAGAGGUCAUCAACUACUACGGCGGCGGCCUGCUCAACCGCUUCUCCUUCCUGCGCAACGACAUCGGCUUCAUUUGCCGCGCCGCCACGGCGCCCACCACGCAGUUCAUUGCGCUGCGCGACCUCAACCCGCUCAUCGCCGACCCGGCGCGGCUGGCCUUUUUCAGCCACGACGACGUGCGGCCGCUGAUUGGCGCCGAUCCCUUUGGCCGCACUGACCUGGAGAAGCAACAGACGUUUGACUCGACCAAGCCGAGCCCGCUGCUGCUGUUCUUGGGUUUGUUGCCGAGCACGCCAAACGGCUUGGAUCUGGAGACGACCAAGCAUGGCGUUGUGAAUGGGCAGCCGUACUUUGCGCUCGAUGUCACGCCCAAGGGCCAGUAUGCGGAGGAGGCCGAGACGUUUCUGAAGAAGGCGCAGGAGAAGGGAUAUUCGGUGCAGGAGAAUGUGCGGACCAUGACGCUUCACCCGGAAGCAGCCGCCAUCCUCGCCCAAGCCCGCUCCCUCAUCGACUGGAACGCCCGCAACCUCCACUGCGCCGGCUGCGGCAACCUCAACCUCUCCGUCGAGACGGGCUACAAGCGCGUGUGCCCAACCCACGACCUCGCCGGCGGCGCCACGCCCAUCGAGCGCCCCGACUGCCCGACCCGCCACGGCAUCUCCAACGUCUGCUUCCCGCGCACCGACCCGACCAUGAUCGCCGCCGUCGUCUCCGCCGACGCCAAGCGCGUGCUGCUCGGCCGCUCCGCCCGCUGGCCCCCCAAGUGGCACAGCACCCUGGCCGGCUUCAUCGAGCCGGGCGAGUCCAUCGAGGACUCGGUGCGCCGCGAGGUCUGGGAGGAGGCUGGCGUGCGAGUCGGCCGCGUCACCAUCCACUCGAGCCAGCCGUGGCCGUACCCCUCCAGCUUGAUGAUUGGUGCUAUUGCGCAGGCGCUGCCGGACGGCGAGGACAUCACCCUGCUGGACAAGGAGCUGGAGGCUGCAAAGUGGUUCACCUUUGAGGAGGUGCGGGAGGCGCUCAAGAACGGCACAAGUGCGCUGGGCGAUCCUACGCCGGUGGGAUAUACCGGGGAGUUGUGCGUGCCGCCGAAGCAGGCGAUUGCGCAUCAGCUGCUGCAGGCCGUGGUGGAUGGCUAUUUUGACCCUCUGCCCAAGAUGUAGGCUAUAGCGUUUUGUAACACUUGUAUGUAGCGAUCAUAGAAUGGAACAAGGAAGAAAGAAAGAAAGAAAAACAAUAGAACUCACGACGUGUAUGUCAACAAUCAUAUGUUUUCCAUCAAGCGGUAUUGAUAUAAGUAUUACUAUUCAGGCAGUAAUUCUACUUAACCUAACCCAG